AUGGCUGAGGAUGACAAACCCUGCUCAGCUGCCCCCAUGGAGCUCUCAGAUGGGCUCCCUUUCCAGCCCAAACCAUUCUGCAGUUCUGUGAUUGCUCUGUUUCUCUUUCUUACAGGAGACCUGUGCAACUGCAGCUCGGUGGGCAGCUCUGGAUGCAACCUGACGUCGGGGCAGUGCCUGUGCCUGGCUGGCUACGCGGGGCCACGCUGCCAGGGCUGUGCCCGUGGCUUCUUCCCCAGCCAGGGGGGCCAGCAGUGCCUGCCCUGUGCCUGCAGCCCUGCAGGAGCCACCAGCCACCAGUGUGACCACUCUGGGAAGUGCCAGUGCAAAGCUGGUGUCACGGGCCUGAAGUGUGACCGGUGCAGUGAGGGCUACUACAGGUUCAAUGAGAGCACGUGUGAGCCCUGCCAGUGCAACAACCACUCCCAGAGCUGUGACAGCUCCACAGGCACCUGCCUGGACUGCCAGGAGAACACUGAGGGGGAGCACUGUGAGCUCUGCAAGGAGGGGUUCUACCGGAGCACCCUCGGCUGCCAGCACUGCCCCUGCUCCACUGUGGCAUCCACCGGCACCUGCCACAUACAGCCCGGCGAGAGCAUCCCGAGGUGUGACAAGUGCAAACCAGGGUACACUGGCCUCAACUGCAACCAGUGUGACAGGGGCUACUACAACUCAGACAGCAUCUGUGUGAGGUGUAAGUGCAACGGCAACGUGGACCCGGCGCUAUCCCCCAGCGUGUGCCGGCCGGACAGCGGGGAGUGCAUCGGCUGUCUGUACCACACCACGGGCUUCCACUGUGAGCUCUGUCAGCAGGGCUACAGCAGGGACUCCCCGGGCACCAACUGCACCAGGAAAGAAGCCACUCUUGGCCCAGAACCAACGGAGUUUACAACUUCUGCUCCAAAUACCACCAAGGCCACAUCCUUUUCCACUGUAGUGCUAAACAGUACUUUGUCACCCACAACUCUACAGACAGUAUUUCCUAUAAGCUCCUCUGACAACAGCACCUCUGCUUUCGCAGAUGUUUCGUGGACUCAGUUUAACAUCAUUAUUUUGACAGUGAUCAUCAUUGUUGUGGUCCUGCUAAUGGGCUUUGUGGGUGCUGUCUACAUGUACCGUGAGUAUCAGAACAGAAAACUGAAUGCUCCCUUUUGGACCAUUGAGCUCAAAGAGGACAACAUCAGUUUCAGCAGCUACCACGACAGCAUUCCCAACGCUGACGUGUCGGGGCUGCUGGAGGAUGAUGGCAAUGAGGUGGCCCCCAAUGGACAGCUCACGCUGACGACUCCCAUGCAUAAUUAUAAAGCUUAGAAGUCAUCCAGCUGUUCCAAAGUUUGCUUCUCAAAAGGUUACAGGGCUCGUGGAAGGGGUGUCAGGAUCCGUGCCAAGGCUCCACGCAGAGGAAUUUGCUCUUCAGAUACUCUGGUGCCAGGCGUGCUGUAGCUUGCAGGGGAACAGAAGACAGUGUAGUACAUCUGAAUUUCAGGUAGUGUGGUGAAAUGCAUUCGGUGUCCUGUUCUCCAUAAAGAUCCAUAGAAUUCACUGUUGUUUUAAACUGGAUUAUGCUGAAUUGAAACAUGUUUUUAUGAAGGGAUGGUGGAGUGGAGAGAGCAGAACCCCAUGAGGAGUCAGAAGCUACUUGGUUUCCAGCCAACCCAACACUUGUGUCUUCAUCCUUUAGUUUGAGAAGUAGCUCAUGAAUUAACAGUGGAAUUUCAGGAAACAGAUCUUUGGAAAGGCAUCAUCUUUGUUCCUGACAGGAACUUAUUUGAAAUGGAGAACAAAAAAAAAAGGGAAGUAAUUGUUCACUGUACUACCAAAAGGCAAGUAGGAGGAGUGAGUUGCACACUUAAAAAAGUUACCAUUAUCUGUUCCCACUAAGCAGGGAAAUGGGAAAAAAAUCUAAAGAACAUUUGAGUUAGGGAAGAGACUAAGCUUUUCCCUUUCUGAGUAUUUAUACAGGGUGAUGAUGCUAUUAAGACAUAGCAAUCCAUUUUUUUCUAGAAGGAGUUAAUGAACUUGUAUAGUUUCUGUGCAAGGGAAGACGACAAGACAUCUCAGGGUUGCCAUGUAAAAAUAAAAGCCAGGCUUAAUACCCUACCCUGAUAGAAAUGGUGUGUUCUGUAUAUAAAAUGUAAUAUAACUUCUUGGAAUUGUAUUUGUAAUUAUUUGUAAAAAAGACAAGCAACCAACUGACCAACCAAAAAAUCCCCAACAACAAAACUAGGAGCCCCUCCCCAACCUCCCCAACCCCCAGGUCAUGUUUUAUCCUCUAGGUUUUAAUUGUACAGCGGUUAGUGGUGUUGUUUAAAAAAGAAAAAAAACAUGAGGAUUGUUUAAAAUACUGUAAAUGAGAUGGCAAUAUUGUUGGAGCUGGGCCUCUGGCAAACACCAACUGCUUAAAGCUUUUCUUCCACUGUCAUUGAAUAACUUCUUUUUUAGAGAAAAUGUAAGUGUUCCCUACUUGUGUCUGUCAAAUUUUGCCAUUCCUUCAAAUACAGAGUGAAUAACAGAGUUGCCCUGACUAGGGCUGAGUAGAGUGUCCAAAAAUUGGAUGCACCAAUGUAUUCCUUGCUUUUAAGUGUUUAUACAAAAUGCAGAUACACUGUCACAAACACACUGAGAGCCUGGGCUCAAUGGCUGAGGUUCUCCCAAGUGGGUGCUCGUGGUGUGGAGGGGUCCCACUGCCAUCCCUGCUGAGCUGACACGGCAGGGGGACGUGCUGGAGGGCUGAGCUCAGCCCCCUGGCCUCCUGAGGGCCAGAAGCAAAGGUCUGCUGGAGUUGGGUGGAAACAGCUUUGGGAUGAAGAGCUCGCAGGACCCGAUCUGCGCUUCGAGGCUCAGAAGGUAAAAGGGCACAGAUGCUUGCAGAAUUUAAAGUAGCACAAGGUGGUGGUGGGGAAUCAGCUGUCCAGAAAACCCUACAGGGAGCAGGUUUUACAGAUCCCCUGGUUUUGGUGGGAGGCUGGUGGGCUGUUAGCAGAGAGAACAUCUAACAGGCAGCACUGCACAGGGGUCACACUGAGGAGCUGCUGGGUUGGUACCUGCAGUGUGAGUGCCCCAGGGCAGGGGCUGUGCUCCCUGUGCCACCUGUCACACCUCUGGAAAUCAAACUACUGCAAGAAGUAGGGCAAGAAACAAUUAUUUCCCUUCACUCUUGCCCAGCCUCAGAGCCGCAGAUGUGUUGCUCUGUGUGGUGGGGCAAUGGUGGUACAGGAGCUGGUGGAUGCAUCCUCUGAGCCAGAAAAAAGUGAAUAUUUCUCUAGAUGAGAAAUGGUAGAGAGAACAGAUCGGUUAUUUAUUUGUUUUUUUGGUGCUGUGAGGAGGUUUCUCUUUGGAAACUUGGGAGAGGGGGGGAGUAGGUGAUUCAAACACAUGCUCAAAGAUGCAAUUUCUGCCUCAAAAACUUGCUGUCUGAUUUAAAGAUGAGGCAUGGCAAGUCAGAAUGAAAAUCGUUGAGGAUGACCAAGGGAAAUGGUGAGGGCAGAAUGUGGAAUUGCAUAUAGACCCAAACUGAUGGAAAAGCUCCCAUUGCCUGUGGUGGGCCUGGGUGAAGUCCCAUAAUUCAGGUGAUAAAACUGGCUCAUGUCAUUCAGAGCAAUGUUACUUUUAGUUAUAAAACGGGGGAGGACUGGAGGAGAAAAUCUGGAUAUUGUUAAUCCUUGAGUUGCUCAUCAGACUUUUAAAGAGCAGGGUGGUGACAAAACAGAAAAUUUCCUAGAAGUUGUAAUUAUUUAGGGGUGCUGAUCUAGGGAUACACUUGCACUUGGUCACUUCAUGGGGUGGAGGAGGUUAAUUUAGGAAGU